CCCUCAUACAAGACUUCACCAUGUCGUCCGACCUACCGCGAGACAGCGACCUCGCGACCAAUGGCGAUUCAAAUGGGAACUCGCUCGACACAUCGACUGUCGCGCCCGCAGCAGCACCAGCCACAUCGACAGCGCCCAUGUCCAACCAUGUCGAGAAUGUCAUGUACUCAGAUAUUGGAAUCAACACUCUUCUAAACCGUCUCAAGCAAAGCAUUGCAUCUUCUCGCAAACGUGGAGCAGUAGAAGAAGACCAUGCCAAAGGAUUGCGACGCCUGGUCAAACAAACCACCGACAAUAUCCACUCCAAGGACUCUCGACAGGGCUCCUAUGUUACCCGCCUUGAUGAGGCUAUGCGCCUCCACGACAGGAUCGCCGACAAUGGAAUGCAGUUCUCCCUAGCCCUGCACCAGAUGCACGAGGAUCUGAAUGAACUGUCACUCAACAUGGAAAGGGGGAGGAAACACUGGAAGCACGAGGGCCUGAAUGCUGAGAAACGUGCUACCGAUGCCGAGGCUGCUAUGGAAAAGGCAAAGUCAAAGUACGACGGCCUCGCAGAAGACUAUGAUCGCGCUCGUACUGGCGACGCAAAGAGCUCGAGAAGAAUCGGUCUCAAGGGCAUGAAGAGUGCUCCUCAGCAUGAGNNGGAAGAUCUCCUUCGCAAGCUUCAGGUCGCAGACUCUGAUUACCAAGCAAAAGUCCAAGCAGCAAGAGCGCAGAGAGAGGAGCUCAUAAGGACAGCACGGCCUCAAGCUGUCAAGGCUCUGCAGGAGCUGAUCAACGAAUGCGACUCCGGCCUUGCUCUGCAGCUCCAGAAGUUUGCUUCUUUCAACGAGAAACUUCUACUGGGCAAUGGCAUUGCUCUCAGCCCACUUCCCCCUAGUGACCCCUCGGCUCCCGUCCAACACAGUCUUCGCGACAUUGUUCUCGAAAUUGACAACAAGGCUGACUUUGACAACUACAUGAGUGGUCAUGUCUCCAAGGUUCCAAGCAGAAUCUCCGAAAUCAAAUACGAACAACACCCAACACUCAAACCAAAGCAACAGACUCCUACUCCAGCCAGUCGACAGCCUUCCUCGACGCUGCCAGGACCAGCGCUACCUGAAACACCCGUUUCAAGCGCGCCAACACAACCCACCUAUUCCACGUCACCAGGUCCAGUCCCUCCACCCACAACACAAUAUCCAGUUCAGCCUUCCUACGGCAACCCUGGCAAUCCUCCUUACCCCACCGAUCCGCCUCAGCCUCAGCAGUACAACAGUGCGCCUUACCCUACCAGCCCAGGAGCGCCUCGCGGUUUCUCCACUUCGACGCAGGGCACUAACGCUCCAUACUCUCCCGUAACUCCAGGCGGCAUGGGAGCUCAGCAGAGCUUCCCUACUCAGUCUCGUUCUAUGUCUCCCGGUCCUGUCGCAACUGCUCUACCUCCCCCUCUCAAGCCUGUAUUUGGCGUCAGCCUUGAUGACUUGUACAACAGAGACCAGACGGCCGUUCCCAUGAUUGUUUACCAAUGCAUGCAAGCCGUUGAUCUUUUCGGACUCGAUGUUGAGGGUAUCUAUCGUCUCAGUGGUACAGCCAGCCAUGUCCAACAGAUAAAGGCUCUCUUUGACCACGUCGUCGACUUCCGCAACCCGGCAUCUUUCUACCAUGAUGUCAACAGCGUAGCUGGUCUUCUCAAACAGUUCUUCCGCGAGCUUCCAGACCCUCUUCUAACACGUCGCUCGUACAACAGCUUCAUUGAUGCUGCUCGCAUCGAGGACGAUACGACACGCCGCGAUGCUGUGCACUCCGUCAUCAAUGAGCUGCCCGAUCCCAACUAUGCUACUCUCCGAGCUUUGGUCCUUCAUCUCAACCGCGUUCAAGAGCACUACGCCAAGAACCGAAUGUCGACAUCAAAUCUGGCAAUUUGUUUCGCACCGUCAUUGAUGGGCUCACACACUGGACCACAGAUUGCCGACGCCAGCUUGCAAGCGAGAGUACUGGAUACGAUUCUGACGAACACAUAUCAGAUCUUUGAUGAAGAU